AUGGGUCGACCGUCACUACAAACUUCAUCGCAAAGACAAUAUCUACUACAGCAGCAAAGAUGGCGAUCUACGCAUCGAGGCGGCACAAGAACGGCACUCUUCUUCCCGGGUCAAGGUGUUCAGCGGGUUGGCAUGAUGACUCCGUGGCUCGAGGCCUUCCCUUCGACGGCAUCGCAGCUACGAGACGAAAUUGACGAAUACAUGGGUUACAAGCUCUCCGACGUUAUUCAAAAUGGGCCUUCGAAGCUGCUUACUGAAACACCCAAUGCGCAACCUGCCAUCAUGGCUACCUCCAUAUUCAUCUUGCGCAUUCUUGAGCGUGAAUUUGGCUUCAAAGUCACCGACCACUUCGAUGUUACACUAGGCCACUCGCUUGGCGAGUUCGCCGCGGUCGUAGCUGGCGGGUACAUCUCCUUCCAGGACAGUUUAAAUCUGGUGCGCAAACGGGCAGAGGCCAUGACAGAAGCUACACGACAUGCAAUCGAAAAGUACGGCGGAGAAUAUGGUAUGGUCGCCGUUAUAUCUCACCCAGAGCACAUGGAAAGACUUGUCGAGGCUAUACGGGAGUUUGUUGGGAUUUCCGCCGAGGACCUAGCAGAUCUGCCGCCCAUUGAGCAGGUGUUGAUCGCCAACAUAAAUAGCAAGAACCAGAUCGUGCUGAGUGGCAAUAUCGAACGGAUAAAGACACUCAUUGCCCAUGUCCGCCAAUUUCUCGGCUACGACCCGCGCGCCGUUCGUCUCAAGGCCGAUAGUCCUUUUCACAGUCCCAUCAUGAAGCCCGCCGUUACUGUGAUGCGCCAACUACUUGAAGAACCCAGCAAAGUCAAAGGUCGUGAAAACGAGGACAUUGUGACAUUCCCCGGGCUCUUACCGAUUAUCAGUAAUGUGUCUGCAAGGCCAGUUUGCUGCAAGAAUGAGCUCAAAGAUUUGCUGGCCCGUGGCUGUCUAGAUACAGUUCGAUGGUGGGACAGCAUCAAGUACUUGGAUCAAGAGGCCCGUAUACGACGAUGGGUGGGCGUCGGACCGGGCAAGGUCGGUCGCAACCUCGUAGGCAAAGAGGUCGGUAUGCGCGGCAAAGAUCUAGUAAAGGGUGGAGGGGUGUGGGCCAUCACAGAUCCAUCAGAGGUUGAAGAGGUUCUAAGAGGACUGGAAGAUACCGCUGGUCUCAUGGAAGAUGACGAAUAUUCAGAGUGA